AUGACGUCCUCGGCGGAAAUCAUUGUUCUGUCCUCGUCGCCCAAUAUACCGCCGCAAAUACCUAGUCCCAUUGCCUGCGAGAGCGAAAGAACCUUUUCGCUGCAGCCAGAAGUUACAACAACUCCUAGUGCGCCGUCUCCCUCUGCGCUUUUUGUCCCGCCCUCGCGAUCACGGUUUUUCGACGUGCCCACCAGAAAACGAGACGCAUUGAACAAGAAACGCCCUGCGAAACAGAGAAUUGCUUCGAAGGGUUCGGAAGAAGGACCUGCCACAUCAGAGACACAGACAACCCCGAGCCAAGUCCAGAGAUCUACAAAACAUGCUGCAGAUGAGCCACGGGGCCAAGACCGCGAUGCUAGCAAGAAGAGCACGAACAAGCCCCGCGUAGCUCGCAAGCCUCGUGCGAAAUCAAAAGCUGGAGCUGAGUCUGGAAAUUUGAAAUUAGGCGGUAGAGUGACCAAAGCCAGCAAGAUGGAGGAAACUCAGUCGAAAACGACGAAGAAAAAGGUCACGCGCAAAACUUCCGCUGUUCAACCUGUUUUGAAAGAUUGCCCGGAAGGCACGAGUACUCCGGCCCCCUCGAAUGCGCUUGGUGCAGAUGAGGCUUUGAAUCUGGAUGAGGCUCUGAGGAGAAGAAGGGACUGGACACCGCCGACAGAGACAGCUUUGCAUCCAGUGAGCAGCGUGAAUGACGAACAGAACACUGCUCAAGUUCCGAAUACGAGCAUCAAAUCCGAUUUUGGUAGUAUCCUGACAGACUACAAUUAUUGCGAAUCUGUCUCAGACUCUAGAGAGCUCAGUGCUUCGAGUGAGGGAGGGCCAACAAAGCGAAGGAAGAUCGAACUUGUUGAUCCUCAAGUAUCGGGCCGGACACUCCCCAAGAGGACCCCAGGGGACGAGACAUUGGAUAAAAGCGACACGUCCUCGAAUAUUUCUUCCCGACGUCAACCAGCGCGCAAGCCAAAGCCUCCGAAACGUUUUACAACUUUGACAGCAAGAAUGACGGCCCAGUACAGGACCGAAGACGUGGAUGACGAGCCGAGGGGGGAUGAUAUCACGCAAUUUGUCAUUCAGACCGAUCCCCAUCAUGACCAGAAUAAGAAGGCCAGUGGGGCUACACCGGGCAUUGUGCUCCCCCCAGAGGCCGCUUUCGAGACGCUAGAUCAACAGGAUGUCAUUUUUGGUACAUGCAGCCAACUUGAAAGAGACGAUUCACCAGAGACACUGCGAGAAAUGCAGGAGGCUUUUCGCAUAUCGGAGGAUUUGGCGUUUCAAGGGCGAUCUGAAGCCACUUGUUUGUCCAUCACAGGACAGGCUUUACCCAGUGAGAAUCCAUCUGGCUCAGUGUCACGGUCCAACAGUACAAGAAAAUUAUGGAGUGUUGCUGGUCGAGAUACAGAAGGCUCGUUGGUCCAAGGGGGGGCUGUGGAGAGUGUCGAUCUCACGGGUACAUCUGCUGGGAGCAACCAUGCAGACGGACCGAAUGCCGUCUUGGCCGCAACGAACCUCAAUGGAGGGGCUUCUGACGAUGGUUGGUUGGAUCUUGACUAUGGAAAAAGUGGGUUCUCUUUGACCACGAAAGUGACUGAAAAGCAUGCCUCAAAGAAAGCCAUUGGAGCAGAUGCGGUCAUUACGGAUACGUGUCUGCCGCCUCUGCGCAAAACACCGACCGUCUUGCAAGAGAUCGAUCAGCCGAGUUCGGUUUCACAGCAUGCGCCAAUGCCGCAGUAUAAUGGCUUCACUGAAACAGAACUUUCAAAGCAGGUUGCUGCAUAUGGUUUCAAGUCUGUGAAGGGGCGCAAGAAGAUGAUUGAGCUGUUAGAAAAAUGCUGGGUGUCCAAACAUGGCAAGGCGGAUGUAUCCUCUUCUCUUGCUAGUGAAGUCAACUCCGCAGGCAAUAGUGAGACUGUCUCUGCUCAGAAGACUGCAGCAUCCUUCGAAAAAACUUCGAAAUCAAAGGCAAAGAAAAACGCCACUCAGAAACCGCCCGUUUCUGCGAAGUCCACUCGGAUUGCCAAAGCCGCCACGCCGAAAAAGCACAAGCAAGCACCUGCAACCGCAAAUGCAGCCCAGCGACCGCCACCCUCUUCAUACAUUGAUAUUGAGGAGAUUCAAGACUCGGAGGACGAACCAUCUUUGUCGCCAAUCCGGAUAGAAAAACAGCAGUCCAUCAUUUCACCAACUACAAUUGUCUCGAUCGAGAAUCCAUCAUUAGAACCACAGGUGUUGGGGCAUGAUCAGGUCCGAAAUGCCUCCAUGAAAGCGAAGUCCAAGUCUUCGCACAUCCCAAAAAUGACAGAGUCUAUCACUGCGCGAAAGACGAAUCAGCGGUUUGCUGAGAAUGACUUGAAGGACUUGUCGAUCCAAAUCACGGCGGCGGUUCGUGCUCAGUCCCGACUUCACAAUGCCAACAGCCGGGCGCGGCCAACCUGGCAUGAGAAGAUUCUCAUGUACGAUCCUAUCAUACUGGAAGACUUUACCGCUUGGCUGAAUGUCGAAGGGUUAAGUCUUGUUGAUGAAGAUCGGGAAGUGAGUACAGCUCUCGUAAGGGAAUGGUGUGAAAGGAAGGGCAUCUGUUGCGGUUGGAAGAAGAACGCAAGUGGGUAG